AAUGUUUGUUAAAUUUUUUCACUUAUUAGUAAUAUUAAUAUCAUCGUUUUUUCAAGAUUCCUUUUUGGAAAAUAUUAUACCAUUUUACAGUUUGGGUUACUUUGGUUCACCUGAGUUUUUGGGAAGUCCUGCAAAUGAAAGCAGUUGUGUCCAAACUUGCUGGAAAGAAAUUGAAAGUGGUGUUUUGUACGAGGGUGCAGUUAUAAAUAACGACUAUAAAUAUUGUUUUUGCACUGUUACGCAGUUUGGACUACCGUUACUUUACUAUAGUAAUCGAAAAAGCAUACGUUUUCUAUUUUCGAUUUUUCAAUCAGAAUCUGCAAAUUGCUUUAUUGGUUCUUAUAUAAAUUUUCGAGUGAGAGUCAGUUUUUAUCUUGAAGGAAAUGAUGAGAGCGUGUUGUAUUUUAUUGAUGAUCUCAAUAACUCAAUGAGUAAUUCAGGAAGGAUAAUUAUCACACGCUUUAUUGAUCUUGGUCGAAGUUUUUAUACAUCUAGAUCAACAGAGAGAAAUAAACAGAGUAAACUUUAUUCUUCAGUGAAAGAAACGUAUUCUGGAAAUUUAAAUUCUAAGUUUGAAAAUUUUUAUGCUUUAGAAACAAAGAUCGGCGAUAUGUCUGUUGCAUAUAAUCACACUGAAUGGGCUGUGCUGGUUUAUUCCACAAAUAAUUCUUUGUGGGUAACUUUGUCCCCGUUUACUAUAAUGCGUCCAGUAAGAAAAUGUAGUCUUAUCAUAACAGUUUCAAACUAUACUUUGAAUCAAAGCAUUUUUAUUAACUUCAAUAUGACAACCAGCGUUGACUGCGUUGUAGAUCUUGAAAACGUUACAAUAAUUAUUGAACAUUACCGAAGAUUCAAGCUUAAAAGACUAACUUGGGAUUAUUUAAGCAUCAAUCCAACUUCACUGAUUAGUCUUGCUAACUUUGAUACUAUUUAUGUACAAAAAAUCUACAUUGAUUCUUUCUUAAAAUUUUCUGUGGAUUAUGAAAUUGAUACGCUACCACUUGUAUUUGGACAAGAGAUUAUCUCAGUAAUAGCAACUGUUCAUUGCAAUGAAUUCACAGAUGAUAAACCCAUAGAGUUUUUCAAGCAAAUGAUUUUUAAUAGAAUUCUUGAGUUAUCAACAAAAGCAACUAUACAAGUAUAUCCAAAACUAAGUAUGAAAAAUGAAACAAUGUUUGAAAUAAAACACAUCUGUGUAAGUGCAUGCCUAUUGAAAAAAGGCAGCAAAGUCCAUGCUUCCAACUUGAAAAAAGUACUGGCAAAGUAAUGUAUUUUCCAAUUAACGUGUUGGAAAUUAUUGGUUACAAUGUUAUAACAAACUUGCUUUACGGAAAAACGUUUCAAGAAAAUAUUGUUCAGGUUGAUAUUUAUGGCAAAAAAGCAGUCAGCAUAAUCACAAAAGAUAAAUGGUUGUCUAUUAUAAGUUCAUCUAGUUUUCAAAUGAAAACUAAAUAAAAUAUAAUAAAAGAACUUGGUUUUAAACUUAAAAAUCAGAUAUUCUUAUAUAGACUCUUUACACCGAGGAUGUUAGAAGAUUUUUCAGAAUUUUAAAAGUAAUAACAGUGCGAUGGCUUAGUUUUGCGCUAACUGUUAGCUAAAAAAAAAAUUAACAGCUCUCUAGACAAUAAUCAAGGCUGGCAUACGUAGACGUAAAACUUUAGUUUGAAACGUAUUUGAAACGUUUCAACGUACGUUUGAAAUUUUGACGAAAAGAAAAAAUUUUAAUUUUGAUACUAA